AUGUCUCUACUAUCGUCAAUAAGGCGCUUCAUAACGUUCCGAGUGGUCCAACAGGGCGUGGAACACACAGUUUCAGGUGCUGUCGGCCAGAGCUUACUAGAUGCCAUCAAGGCUGCGCAUAUCCCCAUUCAGGACGCGUGCGAAGGACACCUUGGCUGUGGUACCUGCGGUGUUUAUUUGGACAAAAAGACGUACAAGCGUAUUCCGCGAGCGACAAAGGAAGAAGCGGUUCUCCUAGAUCAGGUACCCAACCCCAAGCCCACAUCGCGGCUUUCGUGUGCAGUAAAACUCAGUAGCAUGCUGGAGGGAGCGACAGUACGCAUACCCUCCUUUAACAAGAACGUCCUUAGCGAAAGUGACAUUCUUGCAAGCGAAGAGAAGAAAAGGCACGGGCAGCACUGA